AUGGCAUGCAGCCUCUUGGUCUGGGCUCGAGGCUGGCGUGGGGCAGAAGUGAGCAUGAUCGUCGACGUAGACCUCCUCAUUCUCCUCUCGCUUGCUUGCUUUAUCUGUCUCUUGACGUCGAUAGUAGGAUUGAGCGGCAGCCUUCUCAACUCUCGCCCUAUCCUCGCGCUCUACACCUUUCUUCUCUGGCCAUGCUUGGUCUCGAAGCUCGUCGUGGGGUACAUCUCUUACAAGCGGGCCAAUUUUCGGCUCGACAGAAAGCUCAAUAUGGUCUGGAGUCGAUAUCUGACGAACCUUGAUCGCCUGAGGAUCCAGGAGAAUCUUCAAUGUUGCGGGUACUACUCUCCAUUGCACCAGGCCACCUUCUCGCGCAUGUGCUAUCCGCGCACCAACCUACCAGGCUGCAAAGGCCCUCUCUUCGCUGCCGAGUCACUCUCACUACGACGCCUGUACCGCGCCACAUUCAGCCUCGUCUUUGUGCAUCUCGUCAACAUUCUCGUCUCGCUCCUUUGCUCAAACCACGUCAAUGUUAAUUUCGGCAAAGGCCUCACGCCUCGCCGAUACAGACUCAACGGGACGCAUGUUGAGAUAAAUGCCGCGGGAGCGAUGCGGGAACUCGACGACCUCGACGAGUAUAGGAGGAGGAGCAUGAAACGUCAACUUGGUCUGGGGUUAGCCAAUAUGGAUCGCGAUGAAGCGCUGAGGCACCACCAGGAGCGGGAGUCGCUACAUUACAGUUCUUCAUGA